AUGGCGGACCGGCUCCCGACCUCGUCUGGGCGCAGGCGACGCGAAGGCGAUGCCUCUAUCGGGGAUUUUGUCAUCGGUGGUGAAAUUGGCAAGGGCAGCUUCGCCCAGAGUUCCAAAGCUACCGUAGCUAUCAAGUCGGUCGAAAUGGGACGUCUGAACAACAAGCUCAGGGAGAAUUUGUACGGCGAGAUCCAGAUCCUCAAGACCCUCCGCCAUCCUCAUAUCGUCGCUUUGCACGACUGCGUCGAAUCUGCGACGCACAUCAACCUUGUCAUGGAAUACUGCGAGCUUGGUGAUCUGUCUCUCUUCAUCAAGAAGCGAGACAAGCUCAGCUCUCAUCCUGCUACACACGACAUGGCGAGAAAAUACCCCGUAACGCCCAACUCGGGCCUCCACGAAGUGGUCACACGCCAUUUCUUGCAGCAGCUCGGUAGCGCCUUGAAGUUCUUGCGCGAAAAGAACUACGUCCACCGAGAUGUCAAGCCACAGAACCUGCUUCUUCUUCCGUCGCCCAGAUUCAGAGACGAACACUCUCGUCCAAUCUUGACAGGCAGUCAAGACUCCCUGAUUCCGAACGCCGGCCUGGCCUCUCUACCGAUGCUGAAGCUUGCGGAUUUCGGUUUCGCUCGCGUCUUGCCCUCGACCUCGCUUGCCGACACUCUUUGCGGAUCACCAUUGUAUAUGGCCCCCGAAAUCCUUCGGUACGAGCGGUACGAUGCCAAGGCCGAUCUCUGGUCCGUCGGCACUGUGCUUUAUGAAAUGAUCACCGGACGCCCUCCUUUCCGGGCUAGAAACCACGUUGAGUUGCUCCGUAAGAUCGAAGCUGCUGAAGACCGGGUUAAGUACCCCAAGGAACUUGUGGUCAGUAAGGAGCUGGUGAAACUCAUCAGCAAGCUUCUCACGCGGAACCCCGUCGAGCGAAUGAGAUUUGAGGACUUCUUCAAUGAUCCCAUCCUCGUCGGCCCAAUUCCUGGCGUGGUUGAGGACGAUAUCCCUAAGUCUGAAAUCAAGGCCUCAAGAGACCUUCGAUCUCUCGGCAGGUCAGACUCGACGUCAUCGUUGUCUCGGCGAUUGUCCCUCCGCCGGCAAGCUGAAAAUGAGGCUUCGCGGGAGGAAGGUGAGCCACCGAAAUCGCCCCGUGAGAAACCUCUGAGGUCCCCCAAAUUGUCCGGUCCGAAUGAGGGUCGUCCUCAGCAAGGGGCAUCUGAGGCCCCAGCCCGUGUUGGCCAGACACCAGUGCAGGAUGCUGGAGAUGGACUGGGUAUCCGACGUCCUCCUAUGCCUCAGCCUUCCACUUCAGCACCUACCCGAACCCACAGACUCUCUAAUGCGUCGCUCAACCGGCCUGCCCCUCGGGCAUCAGCUUCACCGCCGACUUCGUACCUGAACGAGAGAAGGCUUCGUCCAGUCACCGAGAGGAGCAUGACAGAGCAAGAAAAGGCAGCUCAAGAUGUCGCUUUUGAGAGGGAUUACGUCGUUGUCGAAAAGAAACACGUGGAAGUCAACGCCUUCGCGGAUGAGAUGGCAGCCAACCCACGUCUCACAUCCAUAUCGCCCAAGACUGGCCAGAUGAUUCGCCGUGCGACGCAACAGGGCCCUCCGACGUCAACUACCGGAGCGGGGCGCGUUCAGCCCUCCAAUGCUGUCCAGAUCGCGCAGGGCAAGGGGCGUUCAGGACAUGAUCGCCGCGACUCUUACGAUGGCAAGAACUUCUCUGCCAGCCCAACAACUCAAGGAUUCAUCGCCAAGGCGAUUUCGGACGCCAGUGUGCGUCUCUUUGGCUUUAAGGUGCCACAGCACGUCCUGGGAAGUAAGGGUGCCUCUCCGCCGUUGUACAGCCCCUUCCCCGCAUACCCAACACCCUCAGGCCCGGUCGGCCUUAUCGGUGAUGGCAAGCAGAGUGCCCCGGCCGAUGAUGAUGCUCGGGCCGUGAAACUUAUUCAAGACUUUGCGCACCGCAGCGACUGCGUCUACGGAUUUGCCGAAGUCAAGUACAAGCAACUGUUUCCCCUUGCCCCGUCGAUGGAUCACGGGCUGGGUGGCACGCCUGCAGACCAAAUCACCGAUGAAGAGGACGGUCUCACCAUCGAGGCCGAGGUUCUCCUAUCGGAGGAAGCUUUGGUUCUCUAUGUCAAGGCCCUCACGCUGUUGGCUAGAGCCAUGGAUGUUGCAAGCCUGUGGUGGACACGAAAGACGCGCGGCGACGUGACGGGUGUGUCUGCGGCCGAGGUGUCGAAAGAAACCCACGCCCAGCGAAUCAACUCGACCGUGCAAUGGGUGCGAAAUCGCUUUAACGAAGUCCUGGAGAAGACAGAGAUUGUCCGGCUGAAGCUCAUUGCUGUGCAGCAAAAGCUACCUGACGACCACCCGAGCCAUCCUAGCAACCACGGCGGAGAGUCUGCUUCCUCGGCCACGUCUGGGACGAGAGAUGUCUACCUUACGCCGGGCAUCAGCGCGGAGAAGCUCAUGUACGAUCGAGCCCUGGAGAUGAGCCGCACAGCAGCGAUUGACGAAAUCACGAAUGAGAAUCUUGAGGGUUGCGUCACAUACUACGUCACGGCUAUUCGCAUGCUUGAGGCUGUCUUGGAUAACGAUGAGGACACAAUCAAGCGCAGGUACUCCGGUUCGGGUAAGGAACUUAUCCGAGAGGAGGUAUCUAGCGACCUGGACAGCGAUGACCAGCAGGUUGUCAAUCGGAUGAUCCAAAUGAUUACCGGCCGCCUGUCAACUGUCCGCAAGAAGAUGGCCAUGAUCGCUGAGGCAUCGCGAUCUCAACAGGCUGCCCAGCUGCCUGCACGUAAGCGGAGCGGCGACGUCACGCCACGCAGUGUGCCUUCGUACGCCUCCUAA